AUGCUACCGAAACUAAAAUCUUUAACUUAUUGGGGUUACGUCUUCGGUUUGCUUAUUGCUAUACAGCCAUCAUAUAUUCAUAGCGAUGAACAUUUUCAAACCAUAGAGAUCCUAGCACAAAAGUUUGGUGGUAUCAAGGGAACAAUCUCGUGGGAAUUCCAAGGUGAAUAUCCUGCUAGAAGUCUUGUACCAUUGUAUUUGUAUUAUGGACCAUUAUAUUUUGUAUUAUUCAAAGUUUUGAAUAUUCAGGAUCCAACUAUUAUCCUAUCUUUGGUUAGAUUACAACAUUAUUUGUCAUAUGUUGUUAUUUAUAAAUGGUUUCUUAAACAGUUUGGUGUUCCUAAAACAGUACAUUAUAUUGAAUUUUUAAUUUCUACCUCAUAUAUUACAUAUACAAUACAGAGUCAUUCAUUCUCAAAUUCAAUAGAAACUUUAAUAUUAUUAAGUGUUUUGGUUUGUUAUAAAAAUCUGUUAUCGUUGUAUCCAUCCAACAAUAAUGAUAUUAAUAAAGAUAAUGUACAUAGAAAAAAAUACCUUACCAAUAUUUUAGUUGCAUUUUUAAUUGUAAUCGGUAUAUUCAAUAGAAUGACUUUCCCCGCAUUUAUCUUAUUACCGUCGCUCACUUUAUUUUCUAGAUAUUAUAUCCAUCAGUGGAAAAGUUUUCUUUUAUUUAGUAUUACGGGCUUUAUUACAUUUUUAUGUUGUAUUCAGCUUGAUACAUGGAGUUUUAAUCUUAAUCAAUCAAAUAUAUCGUAUCCUUAUGUUUUAGCUCCUUGGAAUAAUCUUAAAUAUAACCUAGAGACGUCUAAUUUAAAAUUACAUGGUUUACAUCCCAGAUACACCCAUAUCUUAGUGAACAUGCCUCAAAUACUUGGACCUGGAUUAUAUCUAGUGUAUACCGAGAUCAAAAAACAUAAAUUUAAUCAAUUAAAUAGUUGUAAUCUGCCACUUUUGUCAAUCAUAAGUGCUUUAUUUAUUCUUUCCAUUUUCCCUCAUCAAGAAUUAAGGUUUUUGGUCCCAUUGACUCCAUUAAUUUUUCUCGCAUUCAACAAUGUUCCUUGUAAAAGAUGGGUCUCGAUUUGGUUAUUGUAUAAUAUAAUAAUGGCUAUGAUUCUGGGAUGUUUCCAUCAGAGUGGAGUUAUAAAAAUGAUGAUGUAUUAUCAACAAAAUAAAGAAAGAACCACAGAUUUUGGUGUACAUGUAUGGUGGAAAACUUAUAUGCCUCCCACAUGGAUGUACAUGAAUUCGAAUAUAACUGUAUCAACAACAAAAUUAAUUAAUGGUACAAUAGAGACAUUGGAUUUUGAUGAAAUCAUAUCAGUUAAUCAAAAUCAUGUAAUUGAUCUAAAAGGUUGUAACUUAAGUUUAUUAAAUUCUACUAUAAAUCAACUAUUGAUUAAAAAUGAAAAUAUAACUUUAAUUGCACCUGAUUCAGUGAGGUCAAAAUUGUUUACUUUAAAAUCAUAUUAUAAUAUAACUGAUAAUUUUCAUACUUAUGCACAUCUAGAUCUUGAUCAUUUCAAUUUUAAUGAUAUAUCGUCGUUUACUCCAGGCUUAGCAUCAUAUCAUAUUUCAUAUAUUAAAGAACGAAGAAAACAAGAAAGAAUAACUGAAUCCAAACUUUGA